AUGGAGUCUGGGGCUGGCGCCUUCUCCGAGGAACAGUUCCGGGAGGCCUGCGCCGAGCUCCAGCGGCCCGCACUCUCCGGGGCCGCCUGGGAGCUGCUGGUGGAGACCCAGGGCUUGAGCGUCUACCGGCUGCUGGACCAGCAGACUGGAUUGUAUGCGCAUAAGGUCUUUGGUGUUCUGGAGGACUGCUUACCAGAUCUGCUUGCAGAUGUCUAUAUGGACUUAGCCUAUAGGAAACAGUGGGACCAAUAUGUUAAAGAACUCUAUGAAAAAGAACGCAAUGGAGAAACAGUGGUCUACUGGCAAGUGAAGUACCCUUUUCCUAUGUCUAACAGAGAUUAUGUUUACGUGCGGCAGCGGCGAGAGCUGGAUUUUGAAGGGCGGAAGGUCCACGUGAUAGUGUCCCAGAGCACCUCUGAGCCACAGAUUCCGGAGAAGUCGGGUGUGAUCCGGGUGAAGCAGUACACGCAGAGGCUGGCGAUCCAGAGCGAUGGCAAGAGGGGGAGCAAAGUUUACAUGUAUUACUUCGAUAAUCCUGGUGGCCAGAUUCCGUCCUGGGUCAUUAACUGGGCUGCUAAGAAUGGAGUUCCUAACUUCUUGAAAGACAUGGUGAAAGCCUGUCAGAACUAUAGGAGAACCUAG